GGGGCGUGUGGUUGUGUGGGGGGCGGGUCAGUUACGCUGUGGUGGCUCCGCCCCCGCGCGGAUGCGCGAGAAGACGUGCACGCACAACGUUGCUAGGUGGCGUGGAGACGUCUGCCCACACGCCUUCUUUGUCCCUCUUCACGGACACUACCUGCAACCGGAAGCUGGCCCGACCAGCGCCGCCGCCUUUGUCAGUUUCCGAGCAUCCCUUGAAGUGCUCUCGGCGUCCAUACGUCGCGUUGUUCGGUAUCUCGGCGGUGCCCCCACCCCACCCCCGCCACGGUUUUCGUCUUCCCUUCCCACCUGGAAGAUGUUUCCGUUUAGCCUCGGGAUUCCCCUGGCUGGGCCGCUUUGUCAGGUGGCUUCCACACGUGUUUAGAUUUUUGGAACACCACCCACACCCCCUUCGCCCCAUCCCAACCGGAGCUCCAUGUACGCCUUCUUUUGUCAAUAUGUCCCCAGCAUCGGCCGCGGCGGCCAGUGAAAGCAGCACCUGCACCGUCGCCCCCGAAGAGGAGCCGGGACCGGGGCCGGGGCCGGGACCGGGGCCGGACAGCCCCAGACUUGAGCUGCGGCCUCAGAAACAGUCCCUGCUGAAGUCCUUGUGUCAGGAGACACACUGGAAAUGCCUGCUGCUCUCCCUGCUCAUGUACGGCUGUGUGGGUACCAUGACCUGGUGCCAGGUGACCAUCAUCACACGCCUCUCCUUCGACAGCGCCUACAAGGGCAAAUCAAUGAUGUACCACGACAGUCCCUGUUCCAAUGGGUACAUCUACAUCCCCCUCGCUUUCUUGGUCAUGCUCUACGUGGUCUACCUGGUGGAGUGCUGGCACUGCUACAUCAGGAACGAGAUGCAGUUCAAAGUGGACGUGGGAAAUGUGGCCGAUCGUGUCCAGAGGAUGAAGCAGGCCACGCCGUGCAUCUGGUGGAAGGCCAUCAGCUACCACUACGUAAGGAGGACACGGCAGGUGACGCGCUACCGUAAUGGAGACACAUACACCACCACCCAGGUCUACCACGAGAGGGUCAACACGCACGUGGCCGAAGCAGAGUUUGACUACGGGAACUGCGGGGUGAAGGACAUCUCAAAGCACCUGCAGGGCCUGGAGUGCUUCGCAAUUACUAAGCUGAGGUUCACCAAGUGCUUCAGCUUUGCAAAUGUGGAAUCGGAAAACUCUUACCUGACGCAGCGAGCCAGGUUUUUCACAGAGAACGAGGGCCUGGACGACUACAUGGAGGCCCGUGAGGGCAUGCACCUUAAGAAUGUAGACUUUAAGGAAUAUAUGAUUGCCUUCUCUAACCCACAUCAACUUCCCUGGUACGCAUCACAUUCCACUUUCUGGACAGCGGCUGCUUUGACUCUCUCCUGGCCUUUACGGGUGCUGACUGAGUAUCGAACCGCCUGUGUCCACUACCACGUGGAGAAGCUCUUCGGCUUCGACUAUGUGCCGGUAACUCCUUCUGAGGAGCAUCCUUGUUGCAGGCACAUCCCACGUGUCAACACGAUCGACAGCACGGAGCUGGAGUGGCACAUCCGCUCCAACCAGCAACUGGUGCCUAGCUACUCCGAGGCAGUUCUAAUGGACCUGGCCCAACUCUCGGGCAGCUGCCAGAACUACUCUGUUUGUCAACGCUACGGCAGCUACAGGCAGAACUGCCAGCGGUGCCACCGCGCCAUCAGCAGCUCCUCCAUCUUCUCUCGCAGCGCGCUGAGCAUCUGCAACACGGCGAGCCCGCGCCUGCCCUUCAGCGCCAGUCGCUUCUCGCUGGGCCGGCUUUAUGGCUCCAGGCGGAGCUGCCUGUGGAGGAGCAGCGGGAGUCUGAACGAGCCUCCUAGCCACCUCACGGAAAGCACACGCUGCCUUUCGGGCCAGCACAGCAGUGAGGAGAGCCCUCCAGCAUACCAGGAUGCGUUCUACUUUCCCGUGCUCAUCGUACACAACAACGAAGGCUGCCUCAAUCAUGACCAUCGCUCCCUACACAGAAACGGCUCCUGCGUGGAGACGUCGCUAUAACCCUCCAACGGGAUUAUGCUGAAAAAUACAAUGCAAGGGAACCUGAUAUGACGUUAUUGUUGGUUCAGAUACUGUGGCUUAAGAAGCCAUUUUGUCAGGUAACGGCAUCUACUGAACUGUAAAGACAAUAAUCAAAUAACUAAGAUGCACUAAACAGUUGUGAUAUUUAUCAAAUGAAUAGCACUUAAGUCUAAAACAUUUACAAGAAAAUAAAUUCAGUGGAACCUCUAUAGGGUGAAUACAAACAAAGAGACUGGUUGACUUUUGAGAUGUAUGGAUUUGGAAACAAAUUUUCCUGGAAAUUAAUCAAAAUACAAUCAUGCUCAAAAAUAUUGGCACUGUCGAUUUUAUAUAUAUAUAUAUAUAUAUAUAUAUAUUUUUUUUUUUUUCGGGCCCCAAAAAUCCUUUUUUCAUUAUUCUGGCAUUAGGAAAUAGAAAUAAUUUUGGUAAUCCUAAUUGACCUAAAACAGGUACAUUUUAGUCUGAUUUCAUGUCAGACAGUCAGGAAAAAAAGCAUGUCUUUUUAUGCAGUCAUGGCUAAAAGCAUAAUUGUGCAGUAAUCCCUUCAGGGAUCACACUGUCAUCAUAAAGCCUUUUUUAAAACUGUAUAGGCCAGUGUUUCCAAAUAAUGAUAACCUUGUCUUAAUUUACUCAAUUUCCUUUCUACGUGUGAAAUCCGGGCCUGUUUAGUUUUCUUUCUAUUAUGAUGUAUGAAUGGCAACAGGUGGAAACACAGGUUAAUUGUACCUUCUGCCAUCUAGUGGAUGACCAUUCAGUUGUUCUGACUGUCAAUAUACAUCGGUGGCAUAGAUAGAUGAAAAAAGAUACAAUAUUUGUCAUGAAUAAAUAAUCAUUUUCAAUUAAGAGAAACUGGGCAAUUUCCCGCAGUACUGUACAACUAAUUUUCACAACACACUAAUGAGCUGCGACACAGUGGUUGGGAAUCACUGAUAUACGCAAUGUUAUAAGCAACAUUUUAACUUAACUGUUACACAAAAAAAGGUCUUAACAUUAAGGAUGAAUGACAAAAGCAUAAUGCAAAGGCUACUCGCUUUUUUAACGUUCUUAAUUGUCACCACUGUAAAAAAAACUAAAGCAAUCACCUUUUGAUAACAUUUAAUAACGGGUCAAUAAAAGCCAAAGAAAACGCCUCAUUUUGAUGCUUGCUGAACUGAACUAUUGUCGAUAUGCUAACAUCUCAAUGUGAUGUUUGUGCAACUUUAGAGGUGUUGUUUUUCACCAAUUUAAACACAUUUUGAACUGUACCAAUUUUGAGGUUCCACAGUGUCACAGUGAAUGGAUGCCUGAAAAUACUGGGAAAAAUCACUUCUUUGACAUAUUCAUUGGCAAAGGGAAACAAAUUUAAUGCAGGAAUGACAAAGCUGGUGUGACAUCAAAACGUUUCCUAAUUGCUGAUAGCGAUACAGAAAUAUCCCAUUAGCAGAAAUGGCUCAGUUGCGAUGACAUAUUACUUCCUGGCUUGGUAAAUAUAGCAACACGCAGUAUUAAUAAUUCAGCAGAGGAGCACUAAAGGACACAAGCACUACACUCAUUUCUUCAAGGCUUUCACACUGACUCGAAAUUUUGUAUAAAUGCCAAUAACACACUAUUAAAACCUUGGAAUAACAAAACUGUCAACUAGUUCAAUGUUGAAUUUAAUACUUGGCAAUAUUAUUAUUUUUCAAUUCAGCCUACCUCUUUAUUUAAGUGCCUUGCGAUUGAGCUAUUACCAACAAACAUCUUGUCCUCUUUCCUCUAAAUCUAGUUUACGCUGGUGUGUGUCUGUGUGCAUGUCCCCUUUUUAUUGUUUAGGAUACAAUGACAUUUUUUUCUGUCUUUCUGAUGUUGUAAUGGAGCUGUGGCAGGCGUAGCUGGAUUCCGCUGCAGCUCCUGAUGCAUAUCAGAGAGACAAGCAGAGAGCUGGCUCUCAAAGACGCUGAAAAUAGGCAGGGGCCCUGCACUCACUACUGAUUGUGUCACAUGUAAUAAUGCGAGAAGCUGGCUUUAAAGAACUGAGAACUGCGAUGCGGAUGUCAGGCCGAGUUCGCUCGCAAGUUCCAAAGGGAAUGUUCAUGAAAAUCAGGAGUGCCACUGCUUUUUAAACAGAUAUGAAGUAAGACAUUGUUCUCAGAGUUAAAAUGAGGUUUAGCUUGAUACAGUAAGUCCAUAUGACAGAGUUUGCACAACAUUUAAAAUUCAUUGAUGUGGUAAAUUAACAAUUAAUCGAUAGUGAUUUUAUUUUGAAAUAAAUGCAGUAUUUUGAUGGGGUGUGAGAAUUUCUCUGAAUGUUCUGAAUUUCUGUUUUCAUGCCUCUGUCAUAUUAAGCACAAUAAUGCUUCCCAGAGAAGUUGCCAUAGCUUGGAUGUACAGUAGCUCAACUAAAUCAACAGCGCUUCGGCUGCUUCUAGUAUUCCUCCAAUUUUGCAUUUACUGCUUCAAGACAUGAUCAUUGAACAAUCAAUUCCACACAAGCAACUACAUUUGUAACGAUCAAUAAAUAGAUUAUUAUUCCCAUCCCUACUUUUCGCAAAGACCAUAGUACUGUGGCAAUAUUGCCUAAUAGGCUAUAUAAUACACUUUUUUUUUUGGUACAUAAUUUUGUAGACUGAGGACAUCUUGUUCAAAUGAUCUCAAAUUUUAUGUAAGAAUUUGUGAAAAAAUAAUGUUUAAUCCCUGGAUAUGUAGUUACUCAUUUUUUAAAGGAUAAUUGAUGUUUUUCUGUUUUUUAAAUCACCCUGUAUAUAUCAUAUGAUUGAGUAUAGUAAUAUAGGCCACUUUUGAGCAUUCAUGUUGAACUUAUUUUCACAAAACUGUGUGGGAAAUGACUAAAGCCACAUUAUUUGCAUAACUGACGUGGGUUAUUUUAAGGUGUUUAAUGUUAGAUUUAUUUUUUAUUUUUUUAAAUUACAGUACUCUCAUUGCAUACACACCGGCCAGUCUAAUUUUAUACAUGAUUUCUGCAUUGACUUUAGGUAUUAGCACUUAGUAGUAAAACCAGACAGUUAUAGUGGGUAAAUAAGUAGUAACAUCUAGUUUUCUUGUUUAAACUAUUUGCAUUGUUAUCAGUUUGAAUGUGAAGGGUAAAAAAAACAAAAAAACACCAACAAUAAUGUUAAGUGUUGGUGGUCAGAGGUUUUGGGGACACCUAGGGGUGAAAAUUGAAGAAAAUAGUUGACUCCCCUUUGGAGCUAUAACAGUUUCCACUCUUCUGGGACCACUUUAUGCAACACGUUGAGGUGUGUCUGUGUCAUCCAGAAGAAAUAUGUACUGGAUGAGUGUUUAUCAUCCCUUGCAUUUCUAGAAUCGGUGUAAGAAAAUAAUUAGUAAUGUUCACAUGGAUAUUUAAUCUAACUAUAUGCUUGCAUUUUUAUACAUAAAGACGACUAACAUUUUUUUGGGCUCAUUUUUGUACAGCUGUUUUGCAACAUAAAUACAGUCAUGUAUCCAACUGCAAUAAGCUACAAGUACCAAAAUAUCUACCAGAACAGUUUAUAAAAGACUGGAAAGUGUUUCCUUGAUGAUAUGUAUGACUGUUAGCAAAGACACUGAACCCUUUACCAUGUAAUAACUCAAUUUGAUUGUUCUUGUCAAACUUCACUUCAGUUUGUCUUUUUUAUGUAAUACUGUUUACUCUGUCUGGAGACUGUCAGGCCACUGUGCAUAAGACAGAGGGGAGUGUUCAAUGUGACAAUUGUACUAAAAUAAAGACAUCACUUAAGAGGCUAGA